AUAAUUUCAAAUAAAUCUAUUAUUGCAUGGUGCAUGAUGAGUGAGAAGCCAAACAAACCAUGAACUUUUGUUCUUCGUUAAUCUAUCUCCUGUCCGAUGUGCGCCCCAUACACAGAUUAUUCAAAACACAGCUCUCCAUAGCGAUACUUUUCUUGCUCAACCCCAUAAAGCUUACCAUAAAGGAAACAAGAUUCCUUUCACUUUUGUCUCUUUUCAAUCUCGUCUUUUCUUUUCCUAACAAAACCUUUCUACUGUUCACUCAUUGCUGCCUUUAAACUAAUCGGCUCAUAUCCAUUUUUCUUUUCUAAUUCAUUUCUUGAAUAUUUUUUAUUCUCUCUCACUGGAAAAAUUCCCACUUGAAGGCCAACCAAUGUCAAACUUUUCAUUUUUUUCGUUUCAGCUGUUGAGUUGAUCGUCCUCUGAUUGCUUGGAAUUUCAUUUGAUUGCAUUUUUUUAGAGACUGUAUUUUUGCUGUUCUGAUGAUAUGGAGAGUGAAAUGGGAGUUGAUGCAAUGAGAAUUAGGGUUCAAAUCAGGAAAAUUAUGGCUUUUUCAAUACGUUGGUAUAGAUCAGUUUGUAACCAUCCAUUCCUUGUGGGUUUUGUGUGUUUUUUGAUACUUUUGUAUAGAUCAUCUCCUUUUAUCUUUUCCCUUUUGGUUUCUGCAUCUCCUGUUUUGAUUUGUACUGCGAUGUUGCUUGGUACCCUUUUGAGUUUUGGAAAACCGAACAUACCAGAAAUUGAGAAGGAAGAGAAGGAAGAGAAAGUUAGCACCGAUGAGGUUGCUUCUUUUAAAACUGGGGUUGUAGAAGAGAGUACUGUUGUUCUGGGAGAUGUGAACGGAAGUAUUUCAAUGGUGGAGAAAUAUAUAGGAAAGGGAAGGACUGUGGCUGAAAAUUCUCUUGAUGAGGCAAUUUUGGUGGAGGAUAAAGUAGGUGAGGUUCAGGAAGAUGGUGGUUUGGUUGAUUGUAUGCCAUUGAUUGAUGAGAAUUUGAGGGAAAUUCAGUGUGAGAAGCAAGUAAUUGAGCAUGUCGAAAGAGAAUUCAAUGCAGUGGAGUCUCAGAAAAAGAGGGAAGAUCACGAGGAGAAACCACGGAAUGAAGGAAAAUUGAAUGAUGUUGGUGGGGAGGUGCUAGAUAGUAUGUAUUAUGGGGAUUUAGGUAAUAAUUUUGAGGUCAAAGAUGAUAAAUCUGCAGAGUUGAUUGAUUCAUUCAAGGAAGAUCAGCCGGGUUCUGCUGCAGGCAUUUACUGGAAACAGUUGGGAGAAGAAUACAGUGACGGCAAUGAUGAUGAUGGUGAAGAGUCUCUGGAUUCAGGGUCUAAUGGUACAGAAAGUUCCUCAUCAGAUGCUUCAAUGGCUGACAUUCUCCCAAUGCUUGAUGAGCUCCACCCACUUCUAUAUUCAGAAGCUCCUCAACCUGUCCAUAUCUCUAACAAUGAAUCAGAUACUGGUUCACUGAUGUCCCAUAAGAGUGAUAUUGAAAGUGUUGAGUCUAAGGAAAGUGAUAAUGACAGAAGAGAAUGUGAGGAGGAUGAUGAUGAGGAGAACGAGGAGGAUGAAGAAGGAGAAGCAGCAAAGGAGGAAAUUGAGGAUGAAAGCAAAUCUGCAAUUAAGUGGACAGAGUUUGAGCAGAAGAAUCUCGUGGACUUGGGGACUUCAGAGCUUGAAAGGAACCAACGUCUAGAGAAUCUUAUUGCAAGGAGAAGAGCUCAUAAAAACUCGAGAUUGAUGGCUGAGAAGAAUCUGAUGAACUUGGAAAGUAAUAAUCUUCCUUUUAAUGUUCCAGCUAUUGCAACAACAAGGCGAAAUCCAUUUGAACUCCCUUGCGAUCUCUAUGACAAUAUGAACAUUCCUGGUUCUGCACCUUCCAUUUUAUUGCCAAGACAAAUUCCGUUUAAUCUGCCUUAUGACCCAAAUGAAGAAAAACCUGACCUCAGAGGAGACAUUUUUCGACAAGAGUUCACAGCUGUUCAACCAAAGGAACGAGUUUACAGAAGGAAUGAAACCUUCAGCAUAGGAGCAUCUGUUUUGGGGGGAUCCAAGCAGGAGAGGCAAGCCUUCAGAUGGAGACCAUAUUUUGUACCGGAACGGUUGUCUUCAGAGGAAGGAACAAGCUAUUUUACAUUCCAGAGUCAAUUAAGGGAAGUUAGUGAGUCAAAGAUUAGUUCUGUUCUGGCUACUGAAUCAUUGAGUUCAGCUAUUGAUGAAGAAGACAGGCAGUUCCAUGAACAAGUACCAGAACAGUUUACUUCAGAAGGAAUGAGCUAUACCAUAUUUAGUGAUUCAAAAGUAAGUUCAGUUCCUGAUACUGAGUCAGUAAGUUCGGUGGUGGAUGGGGACACAAAGAUGAACAAACAAAAUGUUUCUUGGGAGACAAAAUCUUUUUCUAACAUGGACCGUGCCACUGAUCAUGUUGAAUUUGGAAGCCAAUCCUCUGAAGAUGUUGAUGCUGUAGAUAUUGAACAAGCUACAAAUAGGGAUGUUUACCGCAAUAAAGUUGAAAUUACUUUAGGGGGUAUGGAGAAUCACCAUGUAAAGGAAUGCAGUGUUUCUGGAGCUGAAGGGAUGAUUACUCCUGAGGAAUCUAAUACAAAUGAGAGUUUGUCUGGAACAGAAGAAAUGUCUACUCCUAAGGAACUUGGUGCAAAUGAGAUUCAUCUGAAAACAGAACCAGGUGAAGAGGAUUACAGCGGUGGGUCAAGCUUCUCAUCAUUGUCAGAAGUAUAUGAUAAAAUUUCUGAAAUGAGAGAGGGAGAAUUGAUGAGGUUGGAGCCCAGAGCCAACCAUGUUGAAGAAUCGGGUGUUUCAACUGGUACUUCUCUCGAGGAGCCGGAAUUUCAAUUAAUGAAAGGGGUUCUGGAACAGAGGGACCCUGUAUUUGAUCCAGUCCCCCAAAAAAUGGAGAAAUUCCACUCAUUUGCUUUCAUUUCAUCUGAUACACAACUGGAAAUGACUAGAAUGCUUGGGUAUGCAAAUAAAUCUGAACUACACAUUGAGGACGGCAAGAAGGAUACUACUGAUGAUUUUGAAGAGGUGGAUACAGCCUCCUCAGAAGGUCAUGCAGCAGAUGAAGAUGAAUCAACAUUAAGGGAAGUUGCAUUCACACAGACAAGUGAGCAUGAUCUGAACACGGUUGGUUAUUCAGGUAUUAGUCCAAACACCGAUAAUCAAAAGGGAGCCACUGUGAGAUUGUUCUCUUCAGACAUUAGUCCUGUAGAGGAGUAUACAGUGUAUAGGGGAGAGCAAUUUCUCCAUGAAAAGGAUCAAGUUGUCUCAUCAAGACAUGAUUCUGAGAAUCAUCAAGAGGUGGUUCAGAAGUCAGCUUCUGCAGCUCCUGGUGAUCAGGUUUCUGAUCCCUAUUCAAGUUUGUCUACUCCAGAGGGGCAACAACCUUCCAUGGUGUUUGAACAUGUUAUUAUGCAUACUAGUGAGUCUGAGCCUGUAGAGGGAAAAACAAAUGAUAAGGAAGAAACUAUGCAACCUAAACUGGAUGAAGUCCAUUUGUCAAGUUCAUUAGACAUGAAGUUGGUAGAGGAAGGCAUGACAGAAAAGGAUAGACAUUUUCUGCAGGAACCAAGUCAAGUGUACCCAUUAAGUGUUGAUGAAGUUGGCCAUAUUGAUGGCCACCAAGAUCUUUCUGAGGAUUUGGAUAUUGUGCCUUUGAGUUCCCAGCAUACAGAUUUCAAUAACUUAACAUUGUCUACACCAGUGGAAUGGCAGUCUACCCUGUUGACCGAGCAAGUUCCAACAGUUCAUCAUUCUCCAGAGACUGAUUGUGUACAGGAGCAUUUAUUAGAUAAGGGAGAAACUCAUCAGCUUGAAAAGGAUCAAUCCCAAUCAUCUUCUGAGUCAAAGAUUGAUUCUGGUCUCCACCAGGAUAUGGACGCAAAGGUGAUUUCCACCAAGUAUAGUUAUGAAGAUGUUAGUUCUGAAGAAAUAUCUACAUCUGAAUUGGGGAAGCAACUAUCUUGUUCGGAUAAAUCACCAUCUUAUGAUGAUGAUGAUGAAACCCAGGAAGCUACUAUCCUUCAGACAGGGUCUACAGAAGAAGUAAACACUGUCAACAAUGCAAAUGUAUCUGAAGUUCCUGAUCAUGAUCAUGAUCAUGAGGUGAAAAUUUUGAAAAAUUCAUCAUCAAUGACUUACAAUGCCUCUUCAACCACAUUCAAGAGUCCUGGAAGUAGAUUUCCAGAUGGGGAGAAAGUAAGCAUUCUCACCAUUGCAAAUGUCCCCGAAGUUCAUGAUCAUGAGGACAAAACUUUGAAAACUUCUUCAUCCUUAACAUCUAACUCUGGUUCAACCUUAUUUGUGAAAGAUGGAGUCCUUGAUAGAGUUGUAUAUGGGGACCGUGAUCAGGUUGAGGAACACUUAAAUAAUCCAGUAGAAUCAUAUGGUCCUUGCAUUGAUGAGGAAAACUUCAAUGGAAAUCCAGAUGAAUUAAGGGAAAUUGAUGAAGGGUUUCUGUCUGAACUGGAUAGUGUUGGUGACUUUAGUGUCAAAGAAGUUGGUGAGUCAGGUCAUAUUGAACCAACAUCGAAGGAGACCAAUAUCUCAAAUACAGAGUCAUUGCCCAAUGAUUCCAUACCAGCAGCAACCAAUGCAGAGCUACCAACUCUUGAAGCAAAAUCAAUUAAAGAUAUUGUCUUGGCAUUUCAGCAAAUUGAAGAAGGUGUAGAUGUGGAGGAAGUCAUCCUACACAGCAUGCUUGAGGAUCAGGCAGUUGUUGGUGAAAAAGUAGAUUCAGCAGGCACCAACUUAGACUUACCUGUUCUCGAAGCAAGAUCUCUGGAGGAUAUUCACACUGGUUUGAAGCAAGUUUCACAAAGUAAUCAGGUUGAGUUAUCGAAACCUUUGGAGUCAGAGAAAUGAUCAGCAGAGCUAGAAGAAAUUGAUGUGGUUUCUGCAAAGCAAAUUGAAUCAAGUUUUGUUGAAUCUGUUAAGCUGGAAAACAGUGUGACGGCAGGUGACUGAGGAAAAAUCUGAACAUUUAAAUGUGAGUAUAUCCAACAGUGAGAAGGAAAAUCAUGUAAGUGGAAAUGAAAUUCUGGCAUCUGUUGUAGCGCAAGCUCUGGUGAUUCAGAGUGACAAUGAGAAUCCAAAAACAAUUUGAGGAAGAAAUACAUUGAUGGUUUGUUCCUCAGUGAUGGGCUUGGUUGAGUUAUGUUAUCUAUCAGAGUGUUUGGUAGGAGAUGCAUUUGGUUUGACUUUGUUUUUUUCUUUGGUUGAUAUCUUCAAGAAUGAGUUUUUGGUAUUGAUUUCUUGGAGUGUGAAGUUUUCUUAUAGUUUUCACUUGCCUUGCUUAUAGAAACUGAGAGUGAGCAUGGUUUAUCUUUUGUACAGGGAUGUUUUGGGUCCUUAAAUGUUGUAAAUUUUGGAUGUAGACUUGUGACUUUUGAAUAUAUGUGAAUGCAAUUUUGGUGCAA